AUGUCGACGUGCCUGCACAUUGCUUUGAAUUGUGUUUUUGAAUGUGUUCGUUUGUUAUUUUUUACUCAUUGUUGUUCAAGUGUUUUACUAUUGUUUUUAUCAAAGUUAGUUGCUAAGUUUGUCCUUUACAUAAGCCAACUUGAAGUUUUCAGCCGCUUCGCUUUAAGUCACUCAGUUUAGUUGAACUUUUUGUCCGAUCCAGAGACACAGGUGCAUUGCCGAGCACAGAGCCCCAAAAAUAAAAUGGAGCAGUGGAACAAUGUGGAGCUGACGAAUAUGUCCAAAAAGUCGUACACUCUGAAUCACGCGUACGAUGCAGCCGAGAAGUUGAACAAGGAAAACAAUCCGACGUCCUCGAAUGGAAAUGGAACCAGUUCGGAGAACCCAGCUGUGGAAGGAGAUCUUCUCAAGCCCGGAUCGGAUGUGCGUCCAAAAGUGGAGCCCGAUGAUGUGGAGAGCCUGCUGCGACGACUCUAUGGGAUCACGAUAAGCGAGGUUAAGGAAAUUAUCGCCUACGAUGAUCGCAACUUCUUCGUAAAGGAGGAUAGCAAUGUAAAGAACCCUCUUAUUGUAACUCAUUGUCCACACGGCUACGUCCUCAAGAUCCUGAACUCAUUGGACUCCAAGAAAGAGGACUUUGUGGAUGGCCAAAAUCAACUGCUGCUUUAUUUGGGAAAGCACAGUGUAAAGUGCCCCCGGCCGAUAGCCAAUGCCACUGGAAAGUAUUACUCGGUGGAGCGACUAAAUGGGAAUUCGAAUGUGGUGCGGCUGUUGGAAUUUAUACCUGGGGAAAUUUUCCACCAGGUGCCGAUAACGAAGCAUUUGCUUUACCGCAGUGGCGAGUACUUGGCCAGAUUGGAUCGGGCCCUGAAGAAUUUUACCCACCAGGCCUACGAAUCGCACAAGACCCUGUGGAUGCUGCAGAGUGUUCCGGAACUGAGGAAAUUUCUGUACGUGGUAAAGGAUCAGGAACACCGGCUUAUCUGCGAAGAAGUCAUCGAUGCCUUCGAAUCGAAGGUUCUGAGUAUAUUGCCCACCCUAGAGCAACAGAUCAUUCACGGGGAUUUCAACGAACAGAAUAUAGUUGUGGAACAGGCCCCCAAUCAGACCGAGUAUACGAUCAAUGGGGUUAUUGAUUUCGGGGAUACGAGCAAAUCACCGCUGAUUUUCGAGGUCGGAAUCGCCCUCACCUACAUGAUCCUGCAGGCCAACGAUUUGGCGAAUGGAGGAAUCUUUUUGGCCGGUUACACCAGUGGCAAUCCCAUCGAGAGUUCCGAGCUGGCUCACCUUAAAUAUUGCGUGGCUGCCCGACUGGUUCAGAGCCUGGUAAUGGGUCUCUACACCCACACGCUGCAUCCCACGAACGACUACCUGCUGGUGACCCAGGAACAGGGAUGGAAACUGCUCCAGAAGCUGUGGCGCGAGAGCCUGGAGGAUGUGGAUGAGCUGUGGGCGACCACCGGACAUCAGUACUUGACGCAGAGCAAUAAAUAAUGUAGAACCUAGCUGUCCUUUUCCGGUUUUAAAAGAGAUAUUUUAACGGAUUGAG